UUCUGGGAAGCCCUCUCGGGCAUCUGCUCCCGGACGAUCCAGCACCCCGACUCGCAGGUGAACCGGCUCUGCAUCUCGCCGGACAAGAGGUUCCUGGCGGCGGCGGGCCACCACACGGUCAAGCUCUACGACAUCAAGUCGACGAACCCGAACCCGCUCCUGACGUUUGAGGCGCACACGGGCAACAUCACGGGUGUGGCCUUCCACUGCGAGGGCAAAUGGAUGGUGACGAGCUCGGAGGACGGGACGGUCAAGAUCUGGGAGACGCGAUCCGGGUCGAUACAGAGGAGCUACAACCACGGGAGCCCGGUCAACGACGUCGUCAUCCACCCUAAUCAGGGGGAGAUUAUCAGCUGCGACAGGGCGGGGAGCGUGCGCAUCUGGGACCUCGCGGAGAACAACUGCUCGCAUGAGCUCAUCCCGGAGGAGGACGUGGCCGUGUCGAGUGUGACCGUUGCUAGUGAUGGGUCGCUUCUGUGUUUGGGAAAGGGCAACGUCUUUGUAUGGCACCUGAUCCAAUCCUACGAUCGAACCCAACUCCUGCCCGUCACCCACUUCAGCGCCCACAAGGAGUACAUCACCCGGAUACUCCUCAGCCCGGACGUCAAGAAGCUGGCGACGUGUAGCGCCGACCACACGGCCAAGAUAUGGGAGGUGAAAGAUGCGGAGCCCCGGGCCGAGCCUGAGCCGAAGCCAUUUCCCCUCGAAGCCACGCUGACGGGACACCAGAGAUGGGUCUGGGACUGCGCCUUUAGCGCCGACUCGGCCUACCUCGUCACGGCUUGCUCGGAUCACUACGCCAGGCUGUGGGAGGUGAGCAGCCAGCAGAUUAUUAGGCAGUACAAUGGACAUCAUAGGGGGGCUGUCUGUGUCGCUCUGAACGAUUACUCCGAGGCACGUUAG